AAGCACCACUGCUCAGUCUAUACUCAAUGUGGAAUCGGGUCUCUCGCAUAUCUACACCGUUUAUUCCGAAACCAUCCAGGAUAGCUUCACUCCAGUCAUGAUACAGAACUCUAACGGUAGCAUCUCAACGCUCCCAAACUGCUUACACUCACUUGUGGGCACCACCCGAACCAUCCAAGUUGAUACAUCCACAUACUACCAUCAUGGGGCCUUUGAGAGCUUCAAUUGCAAGCGUGUGCUCCCAGACGAAACCGAUUGUCAAUCCGUUGGAUCUACCACUCCUACUCCCAUGACUAGGAAGGGUAAAGGGGUGAUGACGAUACCAACACCGGUUAAGCUCAAAGAAACAAUCAGAAAGUACAUCCCUACUUAUGAAGGUUCUGAUUCAGAUGGUUCUGUGGGUAGCGCUCCAGGUGAAAGCCCUACUUAUGAAGGUUCUUAUUCAGAACCAGGUAGCGGUCCAGGUGAAAGGCCAGAAACUCUUAAGAGACUUGUGAAUAAGCUUAAAAAACCACCUCAAGAGGUUUUUGAUUCAUUGAAAAAUCAAACAGUUGAUUUAGUGUUCACUGCUCAUCUAACUCAGGCUAUUAGGAGAUCUUUGCUUCAAAAACAUGGAAGACAAGAAACUACUAAGGGAAAGGGCGACUACAUGGGCAUGCAUUAG